AUGUCGAACACACCGAUGUCGAUGAUGCGCGGCGUGCGGGUGUCAGUGCCUAUGGCGUGGAAGCGGUAUAAAAGCACCGCUGUUGCGCAUGCGGCAUCCUUGACGGACUAUCGGGUCUCGGACAACAAGCCAGCUGCGCCACGCGCAUGGGAACGAAGCGAGGUGCAGGCCCUGUUUGACCAACCUCUACUUGAGCUCGUCUUCCAGGCUGCGUCUGUUCAUCGGCAACACCAUGAUCCUCGCCGUAUUCAGCUGUGUACGCUCAUGAAUAUUAAGGAGGGCGGCUGCUCGGAAAACUGUGCGUACUGCUCGCAAAGCAGCCGCUACGAAACUCAUUCCCAAGCAGGCAAGCUCGAGGAUCUGGAAAAUGUGCUUGUUGAGGCACGUCGUGCCAAGGAAAAUGGAAGCACGCGCUUUUGUAUGGGUGCGGCGUGGCGUGAAGUUGGUGGCCGCAAGCGCGGCUUCCAACGCAUUCUCGACAUGGUCCGUGAAAUUCGGGGUAUGGGCAUGGAAGUGUGCACAACGCUGGGCAUGCUGAACGCCGAGCAGGCGCAGCUCCUUAAGGAGGCAGGCUUGUCCGCUUACAACCACAACCUUGACACGAGCCGGGAGUACUAUGGCAAGGUGAUUACCUCGCGCACGUACGAGGACCGACUAGAAACCAUUGAGCAUGUGCGGAAUGCCGGCAUUGCUGUGUGUUCUGGUGGUAUUUUGGGUCUGGGUGAGGAUGAAUCCGAUCGAGUGGGUCUGAUUUGGGAAAUGAGUCGUUUGCCUGAGCCUCCUGAGAGCUUCCCUGUGAAUGCACUGAUUGCCAUUCCUGGCACGCCGAUGGAAGGACAGCCGCCUGUCACGUUCCAAGAAAUGCUGCGUACAGUGGCGACGGCACGCAUCGUGCUGCCCACUUCUAUCGUGCGCUUGGCUGCGGGACGCCAUUUGUUUACGGAGUCUGAACAGGCCAUGUUGUUCAUGGCUGGUGCGAAUGCGAUCUUCACGGGUCACCGUAUGCUCACGACACCGACGACGUCGUGGAACGAGGACCAUGCGAUGCUGGACCGCUGGGGUCUGUCGGGUAUGAAGAGCUUCGAGACGCCACGUAUGGCGGUGGACGAGCAUGUCUCUUGUGACAGCUCCUCGUCGUGUGGCUGCGCCCGUCAGCAGAACAGGCCUGCUGCCGAGCACGCCGAGGUUCCAUAA